AUGGCACCCAUCGCGACCGGCAAUGUGCCGCCCGUCGACCGCAUCAGUGCUCCGUCCUCGAAACAGUCCAUCGAGGAGGUGUGCUUUACCGCCGCCCUGAUCUGCCUCGAUGGCCACUUCAGCGACCUGCCGUCCAUCCCGGGCUCGCAGACGCAGGCCAAGGUGGCCGGCAUGGUGGCCCGCACGCUCGAAAAGACGCACGGCCGCAAGGACGUCCGCGAGGCCCUCGCCCGCAACGUCGAGAUCUGGGUGUACUUGACGCGCAUCUUUAACAACGCCAUCGACAACCUCACCCUGCGAUCCAUUGCCGGGCUGACCGACCCGCCCUACGACGACAAGUCGAGCAUUGCCAACGGCAGCACCAGUGCCAGCGCCAGCGCCAGCGGCAGCCACGCCCACGCCCACCACCACCUGCACGCCCACAUGGGCCACGACAACUCGGAGCUGAUGAUUAAGAACCACGCGAGCCUCAAGGAAGAUCUGCAGAUCCUCAACAAGCUGAUGCACAUUGCCCGCAACCUGCUGGUCUGCUCUGUGCCCGAGGUGCCGCAGGACAUUUGUGCCGCGGUCAGCUUCGACGCCGUCGUCUUCCAGAUCAUUGUGCUGUGCGUCAACCUGGCUGGCAAAGGCUACCAUGGCGAUGUGCUGGACGACGCCAGCCGCAACAAGCUCAACGAGAUUUAUGAUUUGUGUAUGUGA